GGCUGAGGGCUUGAGCUGAGGGCUAGAGUCCGGCCAAGAGGCUGUCAGCAUCACCCAGGAGAAAGAUGGACACACGCAAGAUACCAACACUUACUUUCUUUGCCGGACGCUGCGCUCCCUGGGGGUUCAGGUUUGCCGAGUCUCUGUUGUACCUGAUGAAGUAGCCACCAUUGCGUCCGAAGUCACCUCCUUCUCCAGGCGCUUCACUCACGUCCUCACUGCGGGGGGCAUUGGCCCCACUCAUGACGAUGUCACCUUUGAGGCAGUGGCACUGGCUUUUGGGGAGGAGCUCAAACCACACCCUGAGCUCCAAGCAGCCAUCAAAACCCUAGGAGGAGAUGGUUGGGAGAAGCUGUCCAUGGUGCCCUCCUCUGCCCGCCUGCAUUACGGUACAGAUCCUCGAACUGGUCACCCUUUCAGAUUCCCGCUGGUCUCUGUCCGAAAUGUCUACCUCUUCCCAGGAAUUCCGGAGCUGCUGCGACGAGUUUUGGAGGGACUGAAAGGACUGUUCCAAAAUACAGCUGUACAGUUCCAUCUGAAGGAGCUGUAUGUGGCUGCGUCUGAGGGCUCUAUUGCCCCCAUCCUGUCCGAGGCUCAGGCCCACUUUGGGCGUAGGCUUAACCUGGGAUCCUACCCUGACUGGAGCAGCAACUACUUUCAGGUGAAGCUGAUUCUAGACUCUGAGGAAAAAGAGCCCUUGGAGGAAUGUUUGGCCUAUCUGACUGCACGUCUGCCCCAAGGAUCACUGGUCCCCUACCUCCCCGAUGCUGUUGAGAAGGCUAGUGAGGCGGUGUACAAACUCGCUGAGUCAGGGUCUUGUCUGGGGAAAAAGGUAGCAGGUGCCCUACAGACCAUUGAGACUGCGCUGGCUAAGUACCACCUCUCCCAGCUCUGUGUGGGCUUCAACGGGGGCAAGGACUGCACCGCCCUCCUGCACCUCUUCCAUGCAGCUGUGCAGAGAAAAUUUCCUGAUGUUCCAAAACCUCUCCAGAUCCUGUACAUCCGUAGCAUCUCGCCCUUCCCUGAGUUGGAACAGUUUCUGCAGGACACCAUCAAGAGGUAUAAUCUACGGGUGUUAGAGGCUGAGGGUAACAUGAAGCAGGCCCUGGGUGAGCUUCAGGAAAAGCACCCCCAGCUGGAGGCUGUCCUGAUGGGUACUCGACGGACUGACCCCUACUCGUGUAGCCUCAGCCAUUUCAGUCCCACCGACCCUGGCUGGCCCUCGUUCAUGCGCAUCAGCCCGCUGCUGGACUGGACCUACAGAAACAUCUGGGAGUUUCUGCGGCAGCUGUUUGUCCCAUACUGCAUCCUGUAUGACAGAGGGUACACAUCACUGGGGAGUCGGGAAAACACAACACAGAAUCCAGCCCUGAAGAGCCUGAGCCCAGGAGGACACCCCGUCUACCGCCCAGCAUACCUACUGGAGAAUGAGGAUGAGGAAAGGAAUUCCCGAAUGUGAUCUCACACAAGCUGGGGACAAGACAGAGGGAAGAGGGCUGUAAUGGGGUAACCUGUCAUGUCAGUAAAGUGUACCUCACACACCA